ACGUUCUCCACUUUGCCCCCUCGCACGCGGCCUCUGCCUUCCUUCCUUGCGCUUGCGGCGGCGGCGCGAAACCAUCGGAGGACUUUUGCCGGGGGAGCGAGUUAGGGUUUGUGCCGCGGCGGCGCGCGAGGAUGUCGGCGUACGACGAGGUGGAGAUCGAGGACAUGGAGUGGAGCGAGGAGCUGGGGGCGUACACGUACCCGUGCCCCUGCGGCGACCUCUUCCAGAUCACGCUCGCCGACCUCCGCCUCGGGGAGGAGAUCGCGCGCUGCCCCUCCUGCUCGCUCUUCCUCACCGUCGUCUACAACGAGGAGGACUUCGCCGACGCCAAGGAGCCCCCGCAGAAGCCGCCGGCCGCCGCGCAGCCCGUCGCCGUCGCCUGAGCGGCGCGCACCGCACCCCCCGUGGGUGGCUCGUCGGCAUGGACGGACGAUGGGAUCAGAAUCAUAGCUUGGAGAGGAAGAGAGAGAAUCACUGCAUACGCGGGAGCAUCUGUACUUGUACUUGUAGAAUGAGAAAAAUCGCAGCAUCGUAUCAACUUUUGGUUGUUGAACUGAAUUUAUCUGUGUGUACCCACUCAGUUGUUACAAAGGCAAUUUUUUGUUA